AUGGAGAAUGUGCAGUUCACCAUUGAUGACCAGGCUGAGGUGCUGGAAGUGAAAGCCAGGAGGGGAAGGAAGCCUGAGCCUGAGGCAUCCAGAAUGGCUGCCAGUUUGGCAGGUGCAGUGGGUGCUUGGGCCUCAACCAUAGCCACAGCCUGGGCCAAGCAGUGUCACCUGCACAUCCCAUCACAGCAGCAGCAGCAGCAGCCUGACACUGUGCACAGCAUCUUUGAGACCAGGGAUGAUGAUGACUUUUUUGAGGCUGGCUCUGAGAUGACUGAGUCUCUGGGUGUGGCCAGUGUUGACACAUUGACCACCACCACAACCACCAGGGGCUCUGUGACAUUCUCUGCUGCUGACACCAGGGAGGUGGCAAGGUUUAGGUCCACCAUUUCCAGGGGUCUUGACAGGCAGGGUUCUGUGACAUCUGCUGUGUCCAGCAGCACCUGCUGUGACUGGAGUGACAAUGAGACCAUUGCUGAACUGGUGUGCAGAUUCCCAAGAGGCACCACUGGAUACCCAGAGGUUGUUGGAGUCACUACUACUAAACAAUCUGGUGAAGGACCAGUGCAGGGCCCCAAUGAUGCAAGCCCACUCUCCCCUGAAGACAUGUCAAAGGCAAAAGAUCUCCUCAGUCCAUUGGACUUCACAGUGGGUGACACACUUGUGGGAUUGAAUGUGGACUUGGGUUCAGGCAACAUUGACAUGGGCUCAGAACACUUUGCCUCAGUGAUGAAAAAUGCUCCCAAAGUGAAGACCAUUGGUCCAGAGACCACCAUUCUGGCAGUGUUCAACUUGGACCAUAAGGGUUCAUCCAUUUACUGCAACUGGCUCUUGGUGAACCUUCAGAAGGAAGGUGAUGUGACUGACCAGUCCAACACUGUUUAUUCAUGGGACUUUUCUACAGAUCAGCUUCCAGCUGACAUCACCCAGGGUUCAAGGUUUGUAGCAGUUGCAGUGACCCAAGAUGGUGGCAAGUUUGACAUGGAAGAGAUAAAAAAGAAGGCAACAGAGGACAAAAGACUGGGUUUCACUGGCAAAGAAUUGAGUGGCAGCACCAUUUUCUUUGACAACCUUCCCAAGAAGUUCCUCAGGAUGGCAAAACCAGGGCUUGUGACUGGACUGAAGAAUUGGGUCAUAUGUGCAGAUGGGAACCCAGGUUGUCAAGUAGCUGGGGAAUUCAAUGGACAGCAGACAGGAGGUAGUACUGGUGGGAUGGAUGGCAUGUCCAGCUUGAUGGGUAAACAAUAA